CUUGCGGGAGACGAUCGCAGCCUGAGCCUCGGACUCCCCGGGGCGCCGCGGGCCGCGGGCGGGGCGUUGUGUGCAGCGGCGCGUUGGGAGGUGGCAAGCGUGUGCAGGGCGGCCCGGACUGGGGACUCUGUGCGUGCGCGGGUGUGUGCGUGUGUUUGCGCGUGUUGUCCCUUCUUCCCCGGAGGAUGUGAAUGGCUCCGCUGCUGCCUGUUCCCGUAGGAUGCUUGAUUUGGUGGAGCUCUAGGCUGAGAGCACGACCCUUACCGAGAGAAAAGCUCAGCUGGACGGGGGUGAGGCAGACCCACAAAACCUCUCUGGAAACACAAACACACACUCAGAGGACAGCAAGAAUGAAAGCUCUGGGACGAUAUUCGUAAAAUUCCCUGUGUCCCUUCCGUUUUCCCGAAAGAUGCUGGAUCUUAUCUACCGUUUUUAGUUCUCUUGGCCUCUGUAUUUUGGAAGCCACUCUCCAACUAGCUGCGCGUGUGUGUGCCUGCGCGAGUGUAUGUGUGUGUGCGCGCGCGCGAGUGUCUGAUGCAUUUGGCUGUCUUUUAUCCAACUGCCCAGAAGCAAAUGUGUAAACUCGGCGGUGCCCCUGGAUGCUUGGGUUCUUCCAGAGCGCGGAGGACGCCCAGACCCAUUUUCCCAGCUGGAUUCGGAGCGUCUGUCUGACUGAAUCCAUGUGUGUGGAUCACUUUACUCACAGGUUUGGAAAGCGCCAGUGUUAACCUGCUUCCAGGUACAUCACAAGGUCACCAGAGGGUCUUGCAAGCUGUCCUGGUUUUGUGCAUCUAUACCUUCCUAUCUUGGCGAGAGGAUAUUAUCAUUUCUGCCCACAUCUUUUGAAGCUAAAAGUUCAGCCCUUCCAGCUGGUUUGCUAUGCAAACAAGGUAACGAGGAUUGUUUUUUCAGACUGCUUCACAAAAUCCCCGAGUCUUCCUCAGCCCCUUCCCGUUUCUUUCCCCUCCAAAAUGUCACCAGCUCCUGAGAUACAUGGAUUUGGAUUGGGGUUGGAGGAGAACUUGAAGGAAACGUGAUCUAGCGGCUAUGCCAAACCGCUCUCUUGGCUGCCUGGGGUCCGGUGGGCAUCGAAGCCGAUCCUGAGAAGUCCCCUCCUUUGCUGCUCCCUCCCCGUGCUGUGCUAGGUGUGCGUGUGCAAGUGUGAAUGUGAGCGCGCGCGCGCCUGGGUGCUAGUGUGAGUGUGUUUGAGUGUGUGUCUAUGUGUGCGUGCGCGGCCGCCCUGCCUCUGCCCGCUCCCCGGGCUUAGAAACGCGGGUUUCAUGGGGCGAUCUCCGCGGAUCCCCCACCCAGUGCGACCUGCGGGCAGCGGCAGCAGUGGCAGAAGCCGCCUUUCGGACUCCCUAGGAUGCGGGUGUUGAGCUAUGGCAAAGGGCAGCGAAGUGACAAGCAAGACCCGCAUACGACUGUGAAAGCCACCUGGAGCCACCUUGCCGGGAUUGUACCUGCGGGCAGAAAGUCCUCCUACGACCGCCUUUUCCUCUAGAGGCACCAGUGAGGUUAGAAUUUGGAAAGAAAAUGACUUAGAGACAAGGAAACUGUUCACUGUUUGGACUGAUGCUCUCUGGUAUCAGUGCUUCCUGGAAUUGGUGAAUUUUAGUCCCUGUAGCCAUUCAGACAGGUGUUGAGAAGAAAUGUAGUAGCUGAGCAUCCUUACUUCUGACACCAUCCUUAUAAUCAGCUUUGGAGAUGCUUUCACCCUGUCCGACUUCUGUAGCAGCCAGGCAGAGUGCUGACUCCUUCACAGCAGUGAGGAACUCUUCAGGCUCCAGAAGGUCUUACAUCUGAUCUACAAUGGAAAAAUUUCUUUUUUAUCUGUUUUUCAUUGGCAUAGCUGUGAAAGCUCAGAUCUGUCCAAAGCGUUGUGUCUGUCAGAUUUUGUCUCCGAAUCUUGCAACCCUAUGUGCCAAGAAAGGGCUUUUAUUUGUUCCACCAAACAUUGACAGAAGAACUGUAGAACUGCGAUUGGCAGACAAUUUUGUUACAAACAUUAAAAGGAAAGAUUUCGCCAAUAUGACUAGCUUGGUGGAUCUGACUCUAUCUCGGAAUACAAUAAGUUUCAUUACACCUCAUGCAUUUGCUGACUUGCGAAAUUUGAGGGCACUCCAUUUGAAUAGCAACAGAUUGACUAAAAUCACAAAUGACAUGUUCAGUGGACUCUCCAAUCUCCAUCAUUUGAUAUUGAACAACAAUCAGCUGACUUUGAUUUCUUCAACUGCAUUUGAUGAUGUAUUUGCCCUUGAAGAGCUGGAUUUGUCCUAUAACAAUUUAGAAACAAUUCCUUGGGAUGCUGUUGAGAAAAUGGUUAGCUUGCACACCCUCAGUUUGGAUCACAACAUGAUUGAUAACAUUCCUAAAGGAACCUUCUCCCACUUGCACAAGAUGACUCGACUAGAUGUAACAUCAAAUAAAUUGCAGAAGCUACCACCUGACCCUCUCUUUCAGCGAGCUCAGGUACUAGCGACCUCAGGAAUAAUAAGCCCAUCGACAUUUGCAUUAAGUUUUGGUGGAAACCCUUUGCAUUGCAAUUGUGAGUUGUUGUGGUUGAGGCGUCUGUCCAGAGAAGAUGACUUAGAGACGUGUGCUUCGCCAGCACUUUUAACCGGACGCUAUUUUUGGUCAAUUCCUGAGGAAGAGUUUUUGUGUGAGCCUCCUCUCAUUACUCGGCACACACAUGAGAUGAGAGUCCUGGAAGGUCAGAGGGCAACACUGAGGUGCAAAGCCAGAGGAGAUCCUGAGCCUGCAAUUCACUGGAUUUCUCCAGAAGGAAAGCUUAUUUCAAAUGCAACAAGAUCUCUGGUGUAUGACAAUGGAACGCUCGACAUUAUGAUAACAACUGUAAAAGAUACAGGUGCUUUUACCUGCAUUGCUUCCAAUCCUGCUGGGGAAGCCACUCAAACAGUGGAUCUUCAUAUAAUUAAACUCCCCCAUAUAUUAAAUAGUACAAACCAUAUUCAUGAGCCUGACCCUGGUUCUUCAGAUAUUUCUACUUCUACUAAGUCAGGUUCAAAUGCAAGCAGCAGCAAUGGUGAUACUAAAAUGAGUCAAGAUAAGAUUGUGGUGGCAGAAGCAACAUCAUCUACGGCACUACUUAAAUUUAAUUUUCAAAGAAAUAUCCCCGGAAUACGUAUGUUUCAGAUCCAGUACAAUGGUACUUAUGAUGACACCCUUGUUUACAGAAUGAUACCUCCUACGAGCAAAACUUUUCUUGUCAAUAACCUGGCUGCUGGAACUAUGUAUGACUUGUGUGUCUUGGCAAUAUAUGAUGAUGGCAUCACUUCCCUCACUGCCACAAGAGUUGUGGGUUGCAUCCAGUUUACUACGGAACAGGAUUACGUGCGAUGCCAUUUCAUGCAGUCCCAGUUUUUGGGUGGAACCAUGAUUAUUAUUAUUGGUGGAAUAAUUGUAGCGUCUGUGCUGGUUUUCAUCAUUAUUCUAAUGAUCCGGUAUAAGGUUUGUAAUAAUAAUGGGCAGCACAAAGUCACCAAGGUCAGCAACGUCUACUCACAAACUAACGGGGCACAGAUCCAAGGCUGCAGUGUGACACUGCCCCAAUCGGUGUCCAAGCAAGCGGUGGGACAUGAAGAGAAUGCCCAGUGUUGUAAAGUUGCCAAUGACAAUGUGAUACAAUCUACAGAAACUUGUUCAAGUCAGGACUCCUCUACCACUACCUCUGCUUUGCCUCCUACCUGGACUUCAAGCACUUCUGUGUCCCAAAAGCAGAAAAGAAAGACUGGCGGAAAGCCAAGUACCGAACCACAGAAUGAAGCUGUCACAAGUAUUGAGUCCCAAAACACUAACAGAAACAAUUCAACUGCAUUGCAGUUAGCUAGUCGACCUCCUGAAUCUGUUACAGAGGGGCCCACAUCUAAAAGAGCACAUUCAAAGCCAAAUGCUUUGCUGACUAAUGUUGACCCGAUUGUCCAGGAAACACAGAGGCUGGAAUUAAUAUGAAGAGCACUACUUCUUUCUCCUGAAAAAAACGUUGCCACUGAUAUUUUUACUGGAUAAAAUUUAAAAAUGUUUUAAUUCACAAGGAUAAUUGUUGAAGUGGUGUCCUGAAAGAAGCUAUCACUGGAGCUAAAGCAGUUGUUACUGAUGAUGGCGGAACUGGCUCCAUCAGAACAUGGUUCAUACCCUUUUAAAAUCAUUUUUUUUCUUCUGGCCUACUAGUGUUUGUUAUUUUUUUUUUUAAAGAAGGAAAGAAAAAAAGCCUACAUUGGUAUCGAGUUCUGUAUCAAUCCAUGUUACAUUGCCAUCCAUGAUUUAAGACUGUAGAAUCUUGAAUAAUCUAUAUCACUUUAAGAAAUAAAUGUUUUAUUAUGACAGAA